AUGUUUGAGCAAGGCGCUGUCCCCGGACGCGUCGACUCUUACACCUACGGGCACGAGUUUGAGGACUUUAGUCAAGAUGCUUUGGAGCUAGACUACUGGGUGUUCAACCAUGUGAAGGAUUUCUUCGCCGAGGCGGCCAAGAACGAAACCUUGGGCACCGCCUUGCGUCAGGAUAAGGUCGUCUUCUUUCUUCAUCUUCUUGGGUUGGAUACCACCGGUCACUCAUACCGACCUUACUCAAUGGAGUACUUGAGGAACAUUAAAGUUGUAGACCAAGGCGUUAAGGAAAUCGCAGAGCUGAUCGAAAAGUUCUAUGCUGACGACCGAACUGCCUUCGUAUUCACUGCCGACCACGGCAUGAGUGACUGGGGCAGUCACGGCGAUGGACACCCAAACAAUACGCGGACGCCCUUGAUCACUUGGGGUUCAGGAAUUGCUCCCCCAGUGCUGGCUCCCGACACGAUUGCCCCAGGACAUGAUGAGUAUUCCUCAGAUUGGCAUCUCGACAAUGUCAAGAGACAUGAUGUUGCGCAGGCAGACGUUGCCGCCUUGAUGGCAUACCUCAUUGGCGUUGAGUUUCCAGCCAACUCAGUUGGCGAGCUACCUCUGUCUUACAUCUCCGCCGGCAUUGAAGAAAAAGCAGAAGCUGCUCUUGCCAACGCAUGCGAGAUUUUAGAGAUGUAUGGUGUCAAGGAAGAACGGAAAAGGGGCACAGAGUUACGUUAUCGACCAUUCCAGCCAUUGAGUGUGGCAGGUAUGGCUCCAAAGCGCCGAGUAGCCGACAUUCGCCGCUUGAUUGAUGCCGGCAACUACGAGGAGGCUAUCGAGGAGUCGGCUGCUCUCAUGAAAAUUACUCUUGAGGGUUUGAGGUACCUUCAGACGUAUGAUUGGCUUUUCCUCCGUGCACUGAUUACCAUUGGCUAUCUCGGUUGGAUGGCAUUUGCAUUGACUGGCGUCAUCAGUUUACAUGUUUUGCAGGAAGUUCAUCCCCCUUCACGAUCGACGUUGGGGGCAAUGUUCUUUACGUCUAUACUUGCCACGCUGUAUGCAUCAUUUAUCAUUUCCAAGUCCCCAUUUACUUACUACGCAUACGGGUUCUUCCCCGUCGUAUUCUGGGAGGAGGUCUGGGCUCGACGUGGCUCUCUUGCCAAAGGGCGACAGGCGCUUUUUGGACACAUCAGGACCGGGGGCGUUGCGGUUUCUUCCCUCUUGAAUGUGCUUAUUUAUCUGGGAGUUAUUAUGUCUCUGGCCCUAGGAUACAUACACCGGGAAAUUUUCACUUUGAUAUAUAUUCUCGGUGCAUUUUGGCCAGCAGUAUAUGGCUUGGAGUUUUUACAAGCCAAUAUUCUGCCGUCUACAACAUGGUUUUUCUCAUGCAUCAUCAUGAGCUCGUUUACGCUGUUCCCAGCCAUGAAAGUUGAGGAUGUUUCUCUCAUCAUGGCUGGUGGAAUCACUAUGGCAAUGAUCGGGAUCGCAUAUCUUUUUUGGGAAGAUAAGUUGCUGGCAACGUCGUCUUCAAAUCAUGCAUCUAGGCAAACCCUUCCAAUUGCAAGGGCAAUGACAGGCAUCCAAGUUGGGUUAGUGCUUUUAUCAAUCAUCGUCACUCGAUCCAGCGUGUUGUCUCUCCAAGCAAAGCAGGGAUUGCCUCGGGGGAAUCAAACUGUGGGUUGGAUGAUUUUGGUGGUCUCGCUUCUUAUGCCUCUGGCUUCUCGAGUGCAACCCAACAACCACUACUUGCAUCGCCUCAUGACCAUAUUUCUCACUUGUGCUCCGACAUUCGUAAUUCUGACCAUCUCAUAUGAAGGACUUUUUUACGUUGCUUUCAGCAUACUGUUGGUAGCCUGGGUCAGUUUAGAACAUCGUGUCUUUGUUUUUAACAGAGGUACCGGAGAGCGUCAAACCUCCAUAACCAACAAAAGUGCCGGCAAUACACAGGGCGAUUUGCAGCCGGCGUUCAGGGUCCUUACACUUGCAGAUGCACGGGUGGCACUGUUCUUCUUCGUCCUGCUACAGUCAGCCUUCUUCAGUACGGGUAACGUGGCUUCAGUCUCAGCCUUCAGCUUGGACAGCGUAUACCGGCUGAUACCAAUAUUCGACCCGUUUUCGCAAGGGAUACUCCUAAUCCUCAAACUCAUGAUACCAUUCGUCCUUAUCUCGGCAAACCUUGGAACUCUCAACGUCAGACUAGGCGUUGCUCCAUCCUCGCUUUUCAUGGUCGUCAUGGCUAUCAGCGAUAUUCUCACCCUUUAUUUCUUCUGGGUAGUCAAGGAUGAAGGCUCGUGGUUAGAGAUUGGAUCCACCAUCAGUCAUUUUUUCAUUGCCAGCUUACUCUGUAUUUUCUUGGCGGUAUUAGAAGGUGUUAGUGCACUGUUUAUCGGCGACCUUCAGGUGUAG